CAUUUCUCAUGUGUUGACUUAAACGUAACGAAAAUUAAAUUAUGAAAGAAACGAUUGAGACUAUUUAGUAAUUAUCAUAGAAUAAUAUUACUCCAAGGAGGUAAUUAUAGAACAUUUGAUGACUUACAACAUUGUUAAAUAUUUCCCACUUGGAAUAAAAAAAAUGGAGAAACAAGAUCAAGAGGAACGCUUGCAGAGAAUAAAAGCUGGAGCAUUCCUCGCGUCUGUGGCAGGAAUUUCUGCAUUCGUUGGGUUCGGAGCAACGUUGGCUGCAGCAAAGAAAAGUGAUCCGAAGUAUUUUAACAAAGGUUUACAAGGUAGUGUAGAAAUGGCAGACGCUGGAGUUCUCCUAGCAUUGAGGGCACUUGGUUGGGGUACUGUGUAUGCAGUAGCUGGCACAUCUUUAAUAUGUUAUGGAAUAUGGAAACUGUCUGGUGCUAAAGAUCUCAAAGACUUCAGAUUCAGAAUGGGCAACAUAUUACCAGCUCUGCCAAAAAACAACCCACCAAAGUCUCGGACAGAAUUCAGUGGUUUAAAUGACUUAAUGACCUACUUAUCAGAAGAUUAUGGGAAAUCGAAAUCAGUGAAAGAAAAAUGAUGUGUAUAAAAUAAUUUAUUUUAAAAUAAUAUACUUAUAUAAUAAAAGUUG